AUGUCAAGUCUUUGCAACAGGAUGUACGAUGAAGGGUUUGGUUUAUUGGGACCCCGGCAUCAACAUGGGAUCCGUGCAAGACGUCUCUCCGUACGGAAGGCCCAACUUCAUCGUCGUGAGGACAUCACAACGGCUGAAUUCCUUUAUGCAUAUGAUCAUGGCGAGAUCAAUGGAAAUAUGCAUCGCAAACAAUCCGAUGCGAUGAUGCGUACAUUGACAUCUACCUCAGCUUUAUCGUCAUCCUCAAUGUCAUCAUCGCCUCUAUCACAGCUGUCUGCUUCUGGUAUUCCUUCACACUCAACCCGAUCAACAUACUCAGCGAUGGAUCAUGCUACAUGUGCGCCUUCGUUUAACACCAGUCCAAGACAUCGACGAUAUGAAAACCCUGCUGCCGCUGGAGUAGAGGAUGAUACGGCCAACUGCGCUUUCCACGGCCACCAGUCUGCAGGCGGAUUGGUAUCCUGGUGUUCUUCGUCCUCAUCUUCAUAUGCGCAUGCACACAAUCUCGGAAUUGGAGCAAAAUCAUCACAGUAUUCAAGUCUAGGGUUUGUGCCGCUCCCACCUGUUACAUUCCGGAUGAACAUGCCGGGUUCACCGCUCUCUCCAUAUCCUGCUCACUGUACCUAUUAUAACUUGAACUAUCAUGAAGCCGAACUCGAGUACUCUUUCCCCCCAAGACCAACAGUGACCAAGAUGCGAGGAACCACUCGCACAAUGGGUACUGGAGGUCGCAUUGGAGGCGGGGGAGGGAGCAGCCAAUACAUUGAUAGCCCCGUUCCUUCCAGCGUUCAUCCCGGUCAAGAUAGCAAUGCUGAUGAAAGAGACUGCAAUGAUGAUACAGAGGGUGGUGAGAACGAAGGCAGCAAGCCCGUACCUUCCGCAUAUACCUUCCGUCGUCGAAACGCGAUCGUUGAAGGAUCUGAAGAUGCUCCUAGAGCCAAUGGCUUUCCAAAGUCUGUCUAA